CCGAGCGCACAGAUCGAGUCAGUGAGGGAGUGAUUUAUCUCUCCUGCCGCCGCUGGCUCACUGCUUCGUGCUUGACAGGCGGCCCUGGGCGGAGAGCGGACACGGUGCGGCCAGCGGGGAGCACCAGGGGGAAUGCUGGGACACGGUACUGAAACAUUUGUAAGACUGCAAUGACAAGUCUGGACAGCAGCCAUGCAGAGAAAACACACCAGGGCGCUUCCAAGCAGUCGGCACCAAAGGUGCAAGUCCAGCGAUCUGUUUCCCGAGAAACCAUCACCAUACGCUUUUCGGCUUUUGGAAAGGAAGAGGAAGAGGAGGAGGAAGAGGAAGAAGUAUUUAGGGAGACGCUGGAUGAGCAAAGCAUUGUAACAGCUGUAGAAGCUAAAGAGGACCUUUACUUUGAACCCGGUACGCACUUAAACCCGAGGCCUGACACCUCUCCCAGUGUAGCUGUGAUUGAGGUGUCCUCAUUAACGCCAUGUACUGUUAAGCCAACUGUAAAUGCUGGUGAAGUCAUUGAACCUUCUCCUGCACCCAACACAGUCAGUGCUGUGCCAUUGUCGUCAUCAUCAUCAUCAUCUGUCUCUCUGACGUGUCCUGAAGACAAUACUGCCAAUGUUUAUCCUCCCGAAGAACACAAAACAUCAAUAUUUUCAUCACCAUCCAAAGUUAAUGCUUUGUCCUCUACAACAUCUGCUCCAUCUAUUUCUAGUCCAAAGCCCUUCCUUAGCCUUGUGAAAUCCCUCUCUACAGAGGUAGAGCCAAAAGAACCGACCCCACCAGCCAGGCAUCGCCACUUAAUGAAAUCACUUGUCAAAUCUUUAUCAACUGACACUUCUAAGCAGGACUCUGAGCCAUCAAAGCCACCAGAUUCCAAAUUAAACCUGCAUUUGUUUAAGCAGUUUACACAGCCUCGAGUUACUGGUGGAGAUUCCAAAACUGCCCCUUCGUCACCCAUUACCUCUCCAUCAGAUGGUCGCUCCUUUUUCAGGGUCACUGAGGUGGAGGCUAGAAUUGAAGACACUAAAAGACGUUUUUCAGAAGUAAUUUAUGAACCAUUCCAACUUCUGAGCAAGAUUAUGGGAGAUGACUCAUCAAGCUACAGGCCCAAAGCCUUAUCUUCGAGUGCUUCGGAGCUCUCUAACAUUUCCAGUUUGAAUGGUCACCUUGAAAGCAAUAACAACUACAGCAUCAAGGAGGAAGAAGGGGAUUCAGAGGCUGAUUGUUCUUCUGGGAAUGCAACACUUGGAAAGGAUGAGAAGAUUGGAGAACACAUGAAGGAUUUGGAUUCUAGAACACUCGUGCAGACCAAAGAUGCAACUAUACGAAUGUCUGCUCUGGAGUUGGAGAAGUGUUCUUUGUCUGCAUUGGCUAGCCGAGAAGAUGAAGAGUUUACUGAACUGUAUGCUGAAGACUUUGAACUUGAUGAAGUAACUGAAGGAGAUCAUGUUUUAUAUGAAGGAGAGGCUCAGGGCAGGAACGAGGCUCUGUCUGAAGAUGAAGUAGAUAGUCGUGUGGAAGGUUCUCAUAUUCCUGUUAAAACUUUGUGCUUUCUUGUUUUCGUGGUAUACGGUUACUUUCUGUUACCCCUCCCGAGCUAUGUUGAUGGACUCUGUCUGGGGAUUGCAUUUGGUUUCAUGGCUGCGAUUGGUAUAAUUUGGCUAUUUUCAUCUCCACGUGCUCACUAUUGUAAAUUUCACUCAAAUCAGGAGCAGCUGAGAGUCGAACCUUUGCAAAUUGACGAGCCGGAGAUAAUGAAGGGAUGGAUGAAUGAAAUCCAAACAUACGACCCAGAGACUUACCAUGCCACCUUGACCCAAUCGGUAUUUGUUCGUCUGGAGGGAUCUACAUUACGGCUUUCCAAACCCAACAAAAACAUCUCCCGUAGAACCAUUUUCAAUGAACCAAAAUCAGAUGUCGUCUACAUCAGUCAGAGAAUUUAUGAUCUUGUCGACAGCAAAGUUUAUCUUGUCCCAAAAAGUUUGGCACGCAAGCGGGUAUGGAAUAAGAAGUACCCAAUCUGCCUGGAGCUGGCGCGGCAGGAUGACUUUAUGGCCAAGGUACAGGCCGAUAAAGAUGCCACAGAAGACAAGUCUCUUGUCGAGCGGACUGAGCAACAUGUUGAAGAGAACAGAAAGUGUCCGGAUGGAAGUAAAGCCAUGGGCCACAGAGAACAAGUGCUUUAUUUGUUUGGAAGGACUGGAAGGGAGAAGGAAGAGUGGUUCCGGAAAUUCCUUCUAGCUUCCAAAAUUAAAUCUGACUUAAAGAAACCAAGUGUCGCAUCAAACGUGAAAUCAGGGCUCUUGUUGACACACAGCAGACAGGGAAGCCAGUCUGGGAUCUUGAGCCACAGCCGAAGCAGCAGUAAGGGCAGUCUUGAUGAAAUGAUGGUGCAGCCCAGGCCGAAGGAACUCUCUGGGAACUUAAGACAAAAAAUGCUGCUGGAUUAUAAUGUUUACAUGGCAAAGUGUGUCCCACAGGAGGAUAAAAGUCCCACUGAAAGCCCAAUAAACAGUGCCAACAGCAGCCCAACUGCUACAAAGAAGAUUCCUGGAGCACCUUCGGCGGAGGAAUACGAGCAGCAGGCUUGGGUCAACGCUCUACUGGGAAGAAUAUUUUGGGACUUUCUGGGAGAAAAAUAUUGGUCUGAUCUGGUCUCUAAAAAAAUCCAAAUGAAACUCAGUAAAAUCAAGCUGCCAUACUUUAUGAACGAGCUGACUCUAACGGAGCUGGACAUGGGUGUGGCUGUGCCGAAAAUCCUUCGGGCUUUCCAGCCGUCCAUUGAUCAUAGAGGUCUGUGGGCAGAUCUGGAAAUUUCUUACAACGGAUCGUUCUUGAUGACCCUGGAGACCAAAAUGAAUUUGACUAAGCUUGGUAAGGAGCCUCUGGGAGAAGCUUUGAAAGUUGGUGAGAUUGGCAAAGAAGGAGCCAGGCCACGAGCGUAUUACCUAGCUGACAGUGACGAGGAGUCCUCUAGUGCCGGUUCAUCCGAUGAAGAUGAUGCCCCUGAUGUAUCGGGAGAUAAACAGAUUUCGGGAACCGAGGGGUUUGCGGGAGCUCAUCGGACCAGCAAGAUCAUGCGUUUUGUAGAUAAAAUCACCAAAUCAAAAUAUUUCCAGAAAGCCACAGAAACAGAGUUCAUAAAGAAAAAGAUUGAAGAGGUCUCGAACACCCCCUUGCUAUUAACUGUGGAAGUGCAGGAGUGCAAGGGAACACUGACCAUUAACAUUCCACCACCACCUACUGACAGGAUAUGGUAUGGAUUCCGAGUGCCACCUCACUUGGAACUCAAAGCUCGUCCGAAACUUGGUGAAAGAGAAGUGACUCUGGCACACGUCACAGAGUGGAUUGAGAAAAAACUGGAACAAGAAUUUAAGAAAAUAUUUGUCAUGCCAAACAUGGAUGAUUUAUAUGUCUCCAUAAUGCACUCUGCGAUGGACCCGCGUUCCGCUAAAGAAGCUGAGCCAGAAGCGACGGAAGCAUCAUGAAAACGCCGAAGCCGCUCUGUUUACAGUAUUAUAUUUCAAGAGACACUGUCCAGUCCCCAAUGUACCGUGCGUACACUUUCCUGGACCCACAGUCAGUGGUGUGGAGAGAAAUUCACUACGCCCAGCAGAGGCGCAACGGACGCACGUUUAAAUGCUGGCCGGAAUUUCAUGCCUCCUUCACUUUCCAACAAAAAAAGUGAUCACUUCGAAUGAAGCACCAAAUUCUCAUCCUUUCACAACAGCCUCGAGUCCCCCAAGUUUGUGCUGGUCUGUGACCCACUCAACUUUAUUCCUCAUCGUCAAUAAGGAGAGAACACCCAUGGGGUUAAAGUCAUCCUGCUUUAAACCAUUGCUAAUCAUUAUCUUGCUGUGUAAAAAAGGAGAGAGGCUCUUUGUUCUAAACAAAGAGUUUUUUACGUGUUCGCUACAUUUUUCUUUCCCGGUGCAUUAAUAUGGCUGCCAUAUGGAAUCUGCGCCCGGAAAGCUAAUAAAGCUGCUGGAAAAAUAGUAAAGAAAGAAAGAAAAAAAAAUAUAUAAAAUUUAGAAAAAUGGUACAUAGAAAUAUAUCUGCACAAUGUGUACUAAGCCUUCUUAUUUUUUUACAUUUCCUUUUUUUGGGGGUUUUCUGGUUAUAAGGCUUAUGAUGUUUUAUUUUUCUGUGUUAAAAAAAAAAAAAAAAAAAUUAUAUUUGAUUGUAAGUACACUUUCCCCUCUUACCAUUGUAAAAUAUAUGUUUUCUAAAAUAGCCAGUACGCUGCCGAGAUGCUAACGCCACUUUAAAAUCUUGGUGAAUGUUUGGGUAUUGAGAUGUUUGUGUUUAAUAUAGUUUAGACCUACGGGGCAAGUGUGUGGUUUGAGCUCUGUAAUUUCAAAAAACAGAACAUCCUCCGAGACAAUCACUUUUUAAUCCCACCAUAAUAUUUAUCCGUAAAUCCAAAGCAUCAUUGUGUCCAUACACUGUAGAAAGGGAGGAUAAUUGGGUUUCGAUCUAGGGAAUUUGUUUAAAGUCGCUCAGGACACUCUGCCAAUUGGGCGCUAAUAAUGUGCCAGUUUGGACGCCCUGCGAUGUAGAUGAGUUUUGAAUCCAAACUCUUUAGAUUAUUUGAAAGCGUUUAUUGUCAAUUCACUAGACAGUGAAUUGGAAACCGAAUUAUAAAAUUCAAGCUAAAUAAGCCAAGCCUUGCCGUGUUGGAGAAUCUCCCUCCCCCCCUCCAUAUUUGUGGUUUUGUCCUAAAUAAUUUGACUAUUUGGGUUACAGUUUAUUGUUUAGUGAAUCAACCCCAGCAUGCCUCUCUACAUUCUAUGAGUGCAUAUUAUAAAUAAAUUAUAUGCAGAUAAACGUUGCAGAUAGGACAUCUCAUCUACCAAAACGAUUAAUAUUCAGGAAUAUAUUAAAUGCCCCACCUUAGAGAUUUUAAAUAGCUGCUUGCUUUUGUUCUGUGUUUAAUGCCAUUGCUCUAGCGCUGCGUGGGACACUGUAUCAGGUCCUCUUCUUUAUCUUGGUGAACCCCUAAAUCUUAGUACUUCUCUGAGCUGCGCCCCCAUAGUGUAGUCAUUCUCGGAGAGAUGGACCUUGAGAGCAAUGUACCAAAUUGAUAGAAUUAUUUGUGCACAUUCUCUGGAUCAAAUCUCGCAGAACUAGGCUAGCCAAAGUCGGUGACCUGUCUUGAGAGAUAAAUAUACUAAAUUAUACCUCGAUUCCAGCUCCGGUAGAAGUGGAAGCAGCAAAGUCUCACUAGACGCAGAACCGCUGAUCAGAUCUCCCUCAAAACAGGUUUCCAGCUAUUCUGGAUAAAGAACUAUUAUUCCCACCUUAGUCUUGUCUAACAUUAUUUUCCAGAAAAUCUGUGACACAUCAGAGACAAAUAUUCAUUUAUUUAUUUUUCCCUUUUCAGCUCCGUACUGACUCUCAAUGUCUCCUUAAUAUAUCCCAUACGAUAUAGAUGAAUAUGACCAUUUCUCUGUACAAUAAAUGCUUCGUGUAAAGAAUUAGGAUGUGAUUGGAUUAAAGAUUUAAUUCUGUGGCCUAACAGAGACGCAAACACUAUAAAUAAAGACACAUUUAUUUUAACACUAAAGUAAAUUUUUAGUUUAAGUAAUCAUUUUGCAAUUUGUUGUUAACCCAGCUUUUAAUGGUUAUGCUCUACUAGGUACUUAAUAAAAUUUAAUUUCUUGAAUUUAGAGGUCUGUUUUCAGAUCAAAAUACUCUAAAAUGAUACAGAGUAAUAGGAAGACUUAUAAUGCUGAUAAAAUGCACCAUGUAACAAAUAUGUCUAAACAUCCUGUUUUUUUUGUCUUUUUUAAUUUUAUUAUUUGCAAUUCAGAUCUGCCAUUUUGUGCCUUCUCUCAGCUAUUUUGUGUUUUCAGCAGUUUUUCCAAAUCUCCCUGU